UGACGUCUCUGUGUUGACACGGCUCACAGAGGGAGGACACUCACUGCUGUUCGUCACUGGUGGGAUGGAGGGGGGCUAGCCGGGGCAUUCCCUCUUUCUUUCAUCCUUCUUAGUUUAAAUUUAAAAAACAAAUCUGAUUCCUGUUACGUAUGGAAUACCCGGCUGACAUGGUGAAGGAAACGGAGAACUUUAUGAAGGUGACAGCAGGUUGGAGGUGAGGGAGGUGGAGAUCUUCGCAGAACAUCAACAAAUAUUUGAUACUUUCUGCUGCGAUGCCACAGUCAGGACGCCCCCCAGCAAUAUCAUGACUGCAAGGUGCUGGACUCACAACAACCCAAUAGAAUUCUUCUAGGUCUAGGUGACCUUUUUGGCGUGGAUGUAUGGAUCCCUACAGAACCGGGAGCAAGGGAACGUGGUGGAACAUGCUCCUUUGGAGGAUCUUACUACUUUUGUUCCAAGGAUUUGGGCUCCAGGGCGUUCAAGGGGAGCUUCCUUUCAUGGCAGGGAACAACGCCGCAAUGCUGGUCAACUGGAACGCUGUUGAUGGAAACAAGAAGAUUUUCGCCAUCUAUGACACCAGCGUCAACGAACCGGGCAACAUGUCCAUCGUGAAGCAGACGGUGGAUAAACUACUGAAGGGGUACGACAUCCGACUGAGACCGGACUUUGGAGGCCCCCCUGUUGCAGUCGGCAUGAGCAUAGACGUGGCCAGCAUAGACAUGGUGUCAGAAGUCAACAUGGAUUACACCUUGACAAUGUAUUUCCAGCAGUACUGGCGGGACAAGCGCCUAGCCUACUUAGGAAUCCCCCUCAACUUGACUCUGGACAACAGGGUAGCUGACCAGCUCUGGGUUCCUGACACCUACUUCCUUAACGACAAGAAGUCUUUUGUCCAUGGCGUGACAGUCAAAAACCGCAUGAUCCGCCUGCACCCAGAUGGGACCGUUCUCUACGGGCUCAGGAUAACCACAACGGCUGCUUGUAUGAUGGAUCUAAGGAGGUACCCCCUGGACGAACAGAACUGCACUCUGGAGAUUGAGAGCUAUGGCUACACCACAGAUGACAUUGAGUUCUACUGGAAAGGCGGCGAGUCGGCAGUAACGGGGGUGACGCGCAUCGAGCUGCCGCAGUUCUCUAUCGUCGAUUACAAACUGGUGUCCAAAAAUGUGGUCUUCUCAACAGGUGCCUACCCUCGACUGUCUCUGAGCUUCAAGCUAAAAAGAAACAUUGGCUACUUCAUAUUGCAGACCUACAUGCCAUCGAUCCUGAUCACCAUCCUCUCCUGGGUAUCCUUCUGGAUAAACUAUGAUGCGUCGGCAGCCAGGGUGGCUCUUGGGAUAACCACGGUGCUGACUAUGACCACCAUCAACACUCACUUGAGGGAGACGCUACCCAAGAUCCCCUACGUGAAGGCCAUUGACAUGUACCUGAUGGGAUGCUUCGUCAUGGUCUUCCUGGCUCUUCUGGAGUAUGCCUUUGUAAACUACAUCUUCUUUGGGAGGGGCCCUCAGAUGCAAAAGAAGCUGGCGGAAAAAGCAGAGAAGGCCAACAAUGAGAGGUCGGCCAAGUAUGACGCAGCAAGGGAGGCAGGUAGUAGGACCGCAUCGCUUAAACGGUCCAAUCAGGUUAAAGGUCUUCGCCACUCACGCUCGGCGGAACCCCAUGGCCAUGGAAACAUCCUGCUGACCACCCUUGAGAUCCACAACGAGGUACCUGGUGGGGAGAUCACCACUAGCGUGGCAGACAUUAGGAACUCUCAGUCCAUGGUGCAGCUGGACAGCACGGCUUCGUCAAACAUCCAGUACCGAAAGCAGAGCGGUGGGAUUGGUCCCCGCUCCGCCAGCCGCCAUUCUCUGGAUCGGUCUGCCCAACUGAAACGCAGUCGCCUGCGGAGGCGGUCCUCCCAGUUAAAAAUUAAAAUUCCAGACCUAACCGAUGUGAAUGCCAUCGACCGCUGGUCACGUAUCAUCUUUCCUUCAGUUUUUUCGCUGUUCAAUCUCAUCUACUGGCUUUACUAUGUCUGAUUGGACUGCUUUGUUUGGUGUUGUUUGAUUUUGUUAUUUAAUUUGUUUUUUCUUCUUUUUUUUGCUCUUUUUUUAUACGCAGUUGAAUAUGUGGAAACAAAGACUGCAGUAAUGCACGACUACAAAGUUUUGGACAAAGUUCUCACCUAAUUUGUUUUUUAUUUAGCAUUAUAUCCUCGGUACAGAGGCUCUUUUAUUUUUUAUGUACUGUAAAUGCGACUUGUGAAAGUUAUUUCCUAACAUUUGCCCUCUCUAUAAUAUGUAAAUAGUAAGAUACAAUGCCAGCAAGUGAUCUACAGCAGUAUGUGCAAAAAACAAACACAAAGAGGCAGUAAAAAAGAUUUUUAAACCAAAAAAAACCAUUUUACACCAGAGAGAUGGUCAGAUUAGGCCAGUGCUGCAACAGCUCAUAAUUACUUUGAGAUGCACAAUUACAGAUAAAAAUGCAUCUAAGUGUGUGAAUUUCUGUUGCUUAAACAUCUCAGACUAUUGAAAGUGUGCGCUUAACUUCAGAGCUAAAUUAGCAAUCAGGCUUCUAAAAGGUCAACUCUCCCAAUUAUCAUAUUUUACACUUUCUGCCAGAUAUGAAUUGUGUGCGUUUUUGAAGACUUGUUAACAGGGAAGAACUAGGUUGUUUAUCUUGGGCUACAUACACACCGGGCAUGUGUGGCACGUAUAAGGAUGUGCUGAACGUGAGUUUUGAACGCUCCUUAAACAUAUGGUCACCCAGGUCUCUCACUACCCAAUACCAGCGGAUGUACUGUACUCACAAUUGGAAGAGGCGUGGUGUCAAAGUGGUGCAAAUCUCACCCGUCAUGCCUCGGGCUUAUUCUUUCACAGCUCUAUUUCGAUAUAUAUGAAAGACUUACGGCUGGGCACAAACCGCAAAUAUUAAAUUCUCCUUUGUGAUUGAUUAUCAACCGGUUGGCACUGCCGUCCACUUCAGGAUAUGUAACUACCAUAUCCAAGUCUCUGAUUUGUCAAAGCUCAACUGGUUUAACUUUAAGUUAACGUGAAUGUGAGAGUAUUUAACACAGAAACCUGAAAUGCACAUAUAUAAGUGUUGACAUAGACUUUUCAUUAGAGAUGGUCGCUCGAGUGUGUUUUUCCGAGUCGGGUAUAAAUGUAGCUUCAGAGGUAGUCUCCGGAAAGUAUGAACAGCUACUUUAAUUGCUAUCUUAACUAUCCAACUUGCCAUAUUUUCAUUCCUAGGCAAGUUAGAAUCAAGUUCUAGACAUUCACUACCAUCACUAGCCAUCAAACUGACUCACAGCAAGGAUAGUCCAAUACAAUUUUGGUUGGAAGUUUGCUGGUUUGGUCCACACCAGAGAUCAGAAUAACUUUUGCAUCUGCACACAUUUUUUUGUUUGCAAUGUAUUGACUCUUCCAAAUUUGUGUCUACAGAGCUAGGUACUGCAGGUCAUAUGAAGAAAAGCUGAAAACUGCAAAUGCUUAGUGUAAUUUUGAUACCUCUGUCAAUUAAAACUUUGAGCAACUUAAUCCAGCUCAGUGAGGUCCAACCCCUAAGUUCCCUAUGCACUGCCCUAUGUUUGUCAUGUACCGGAGUGGUUUGCCUUGGUUUACAACACAAUUUUACAAAAACGGAUUGACGUUUGUUUACACAGUGGAUAAAAUGCAUGCAACUAACUAUACUCUGUUGUAGAUUAAUCUGGUAAAUCUAUACUGAAAUGGUUAAGCUGAAGAUCUUCUCUUUUGAUCACAAUGUUUGUGACUCAGGUCUUGAAGCUGUUGGCAUUUUUUUCUCGACAGGAAAAAGUGGCGCUAAAAUAUUCCUCUCUACGACAAGCUGGGGGAAUAGUUAAUAAGCACAAACUGCCACGUUUUUUCUAGCUCUAAUUUCCAGUUGAUUGCGACAGAUUUGCACUCAAAUUUACAAAACUUCCACUUUGAAAAAAAAAAAAAAAGAAAGUCCUUAAUUUAAAAUAACUGCCAAGGGCCUUUUGGGCGAUAGAUACUUUACCCAUGAAAUAUUCUGAUAUUUUUAUACUUGGUAUCUUCAGGUAUUUGAUUCCCAUGCGUGUUUUUGUUGGCUUAACACCAAUUCUUUUUUGGUAAUAGUGUGGAGGAAUGAUGCUAAGGAUUUUUGUACAUAGGUACAUAUUGUGUACAUACGUAGAUGUACAUAUACACAUAAAAAAUGAGUGUACAACCCAUAAAAGAUUUCGUGAUUGUUAUACUGCCUAUUUACUGUCAGAGUAUUUAGUGAAAAUAUAACAAACAUUAAUCCAACAAAUCUGUUGUAAGUAAUACAUUCCUAUUCAAACUGCCAACCAUUUCAAAUUUCCAGUCCAGUAAGUGUAAUGUAUGUUGAGCUCUGUAUUAUACAGCUUCUGAAUGCCCCGCAACACAUCAACAAAGUGAUGCAAAUGGAUUUUACUGAGUCCGAAGAUGGACCACGAUAAGCAGUCUGUUGAAUAGUUAUAAGCACAUACUAGCAUUGAAUGUAUCAGAUCCAUUCUUCAGGGAGAGGAUAAUGAGCCAUGGUCAUCAUUUCUCCAUUAGAAUGUAAUACACCCACUUUUAAUCUUGCUAUUAGGAAUAGAGAAAAAAGGAAGGUAUUUUAACAAAAUCUGCAUGUGUGCAAUGAGAAUGGAUCAAGAGACUGCAAGAUUUAAAGGUCAAAAUGGAAAAAAAAAUUUUGUGCUGAUUGCCAGAUUAGAAAAUGCAAUAGUUUGUUGGUGGAAUAAAAAAAGUUGGAUACUGUCUGACUUCUUGCAAAAUUGCAAAAAGGAUUAUAAAGUUAAAACUUGGUCAUUUGAAUUAUCACUCACCUAUUUUACUUGUGCAUGAAUAUGAAAAGAAAAACAAUUCUGAACUGAUUGAUGAAAGACUAUCAUCUGAUAUAUGACAAAGAAAAAAAGAAUGUACUGUACCCAGAUUGUUGCAGCACAAAUGCAGUUUGAUUAACCUGGUCAAAGUAGGGAUGUUUGUAAUCUUGAGUGACACUUUAUUUUCUACUAUGUAGAUGGGGCUGAGUGCAAAAAAGAAAAAUCAUCAGUUAAAUGUCAAAUAAUACUUGAAAAGUUCAACAUAAAUACAAUGGAGCAUAUCCUUUUUUGGCAACUUAACUAAAGUAUGAAAGUGAUAGAUUUUGUUGCUAUUGAAGGCUGUUGUGGUAGACUGAACUAAAAAAAAAGGCUGUUAUGUGGUAAAGUCAACAUCAAUGGGUAAAUCUAAAAAAAGGUCAUUGUAUGAGUUGUUUUUUAAACUACCGUAAUGUACAAGCUGAAGCUAAGAGCAAAAGAGAUGGCAACCUUUAUUACAUAAGUAUUUAUUAUGCAUGCAUUAACUCUUAACAGAGAUCUUUUGCAACCUUAUUUAUAAGAACUGCCAACAGCUCAUUGUAGAGAUGACUCUCUACAAUGCCAUGUGAGCCUGUGUUAAAAAGUAAUAAAAAAACAAACAAAAAAAUAUCAUAAGACUUCAGGUGUUGUAUGGCCUUGGUCCCAUUAUGGAAUGUGCAAUGUUCUGUGCUGCCACAAAAAUGUAUUUAGGCUUAGAUUUAUACUGUAUCUCUGUGUGCUUCUCCUUUUUUCAGUAGAGUACCAUGCUAAACCAUCAAAUAAAUGAUCUACCAUUCUA